CCUUUUUUGUGUAGUUUCUUAGCAUCAGUGGCGGUGGUUAAUCAUUCAAUUGCCCCUCUCUCUUUCUUGUAGGCGUGGGUAUAAAUGCAAGCAAUCUUUGCUCAUAAAUCCCUCUCUCUCUCUACAAACACAGAGAUAAGGGACCUGCAUCUUCCCUUUUAUCUCUCUCAAUAUCAGUUCUGUCUUUCUUGGGGCCUUGAACGUGGCAGGAUCACCCUGUAGAGAGUGAAUACUGAGCAGUAGAGGACAGUGGGAGCAAAGCCCAAAUAGGAGAAGGUCUCAAUUUUUAAUAGUUUCAGUUAGGGAAAGGCUUCAAUUGGGAGCAGGGUGAUAAAAGGAGAAAGGAAUCUGGAGUUGGUAACUUUCCUUUUUCCACUUUUAGCUGUGGUUGGGUUUCCUUUGCACUGACUCAAGGGGUGGAGUGGGUGUGGUUGGUUUGUUGCUUAUAGAGCUCUAACUCAUCAGGAGAGAAGAGGACAGGGGAUUAUGUCAUGAAUGGUUGGCUUCUGUUGCAGUAAUCUCUGAAACCAAUGUGUGCUCUUUUUUUUCCUCUGUGGUUUCUGGGGGAUGGGGGUUCUCUGAUUGCUUGGUCUUUUCACUUCUGAUCACGGCUAAGAUUCCUGUCUGUCGAGCAUUUUGAAUCGUGGAUAUAUCCGUAGUCAUUAGUCUAUUUUUUGUUUAGAUUUAUGGCAUUCAAUGUUGUCUGCUCUAGUCUCUAAGGGAACAAAAGUUUAUAAUAUUAGCUGCUCUCAGUAUUUUUUUUUUUUUUAUAAUUUGGAUCACUAGUAUCAAUCCUUUAGGUCUUGGGAAAUAUUUCCUUAUUUGUCUUUCCUUCUACAAACUUUUUUCUUUGGUAUACUGAUAUCUUGAUUCAGUGGCUUGUAGUUGAAGUGAGUUUUGUGCCUUUAAUUGGUCGGUUUGGUGAAUUGGAUUUUGCCAGUGGUUUUAUACUAUAGAUCUCAUGUAUCUAUUUGACUUGUUAUAUCAAGGAUCUUAAACUUUUUUUAUGGAUUAGAUGAUCUUUUUUUUUUUUUGUUUGGCAGAAGUUUCUGAUCUUUAGAGUGGGUGACUUCUGCUAUUUAAUAAAGUCCAUUGAUAGGAGCUGUUGCUUGGAAAUGGGCUUGUGUUUCCAUCUGUUUGCUUUAACCUUUGCCACAUGCCCAUUCAGCAUUACCCAUUGAUCUGGGUAAAUUUUGGAUGAAUUCUACUGGUUAAUCAUUUCGGUGUUUUUGCUGGGUUGAGGUCUGCAAGAAGGUAUUUGGAUCAGACCGAGGCCUCUGAGAUCAGAUUGAGCACUUGAUCCUAUUUUUCUUAUAACUUCAGUGAUCUAGUUGUUGUGGAGAGUGCCAUAGAGAUGGAUAUCAAUGAGAAGGAUAAAUUUGGGUUGGAGAAGACUGAGGAUCAUCCUAACUACCAUAGUUUGGGUAUGCCGGCCGAUUGGCCAAUCGGCAACCCAUCGAUGGGUUUGGUCUCGGCUCCCCCUAUGGGUUCCUCCCCAUGUCCCUCAGUUUCCAUGGUGGAAUCCUUUGCUCCGAGCCUUUGGAUUCCUUCUACCCAUGCACAGAACUCAGGCUUCUGUGAUAAUAAUGUCCAGAGCAGCACAGCUGCCUCCAAUAGCUUGCCCAUUGGAAAACCAGUUCCCAGGCCUUUGAGGCUUGACAUGGGCUGGAAUCCUUCAGAUUCUUCACCAAAAGGAAGUGGAAUUUUCUUGCAGACCGGCACUGGGGUUCUUCCUCCAGGUCUGUCUCAUUUUCCGACCGAUUCUGCUUUCAUCGAGCGUGCCGCAAGGUUCUCAUGCUUCAAUGGUGGUAAUUUAGGCAGCAUGAUGAAUACUUUCAGUGCACCUGAGUCCUUGAGUCCCUAUUCUAAUACUCCAAAAGGUGUCCCGGGAGCUCAGAUUCAGAAGAGUGAAAUGAACACAACAGAAGUCCAUAUGGAUGCCUCAUUGCCUAUUGAUCAUGUAUCCAGCAGCAGAAGUCCAAUGAAGGAGCCAAGAGAUAAGAGGACCUCACAUGGUGCUGGUGUCUCAAGCAACGAGUCCGGUGAGCCUGAGUUCAGUGGAGAUGGGCAAGAAGAGGCACCUAAUUUGGCUAGUGCAGCUGUGGAUUCUUCUUCCACAGGACUUGCUGCUAAGAAGAGGAAAAGGCCCUGUCAGGAUAUGGAAUCAGACCAAGUACAAGGAGGAGGCCUGCAGCCAUCUGUCGAAACCGCAAAGAAUAAUGUGGACACUAAACAGAAACCAGAACAAAAUAGCUCAACUAUGGCAACAAUCAAGUCUAAUGGGAAGCAAGCCAAGGAUAGCUCGGAUGCACCCAAGGAGGAUUAUGUUCAUGUGAGAGCACGGCGUGGCCAGGCAACUAAUAGCCACAGUCUUGCAGAAAGAGUGAGGAGGGAAAAAAUUAGUGAACGAAUGAAGCUUCUUCAAGACCUUGUUCCUGGUUGCAGUAAAGUCACAGGAAAAGCAGUCAUGCUGGAUGAGAUCAUCAACUAUGUUCAAUCACUACAACGGCAGGUCGAGCUUCUUCAAUCCAGAGGUGGUCCUUCACCUGCCAUUGGUUUCUCACCAGAUAUGAUUCAUCCUCAACUACAUCCAUCCCCUCACGGUCUUGUUCAAGUGGGGAUGUCUGGCAUUGUGAACCCUUCAGAUGCACUUCGAAGGGCCAUAAAUGCUCAACAUACUUCCAUGAAUGGAUACAAAGAACCUGUGCCUCAGAUACCAAAUGCAUGGGAUGAGGAGCUCCACAAUGUCAUGCAAAUGAAUUUUGGUACUAAUCCCCCUCUCAACACCCACGAGUUAAAUGACAAACCUCGCGAGAGAUUCACCAUGUGAUGCCACCAACCUGUUCAUGUCCUGAUAGAUAAAAGGUUUCUUAUUAGACACUGUCAGAUCAUACAAAAGUUAAGCUUUGAUCAUAUCUUGAGCUUGUUUGCAUCUGCUCUUUCAAGAAAAUAACAAAGCUUGCAUGCUUCAAAGGCACAGGUUAUACCAUUCCAAUACUUCCACUAGAAGAUCCAAUCUUAUUCUCUCUUUGGACAAUAUAAUUCCAGCAUCACCCAAAAAAAAAAGAAAAACAAUAUAAUUCCAGAGCAUGACUAUGAUUGUUUGUUGUAUAGCACUUUGGGGGUUGUUCUCUGCAAGGCUCUACAGCAUUCCUGAAGUACAUUAGCUCAUUCUUCAGAAAUUAGUGUAAAAGAGAGCAUAUUUUUGUGGAUAUAUAAAUUCCUCUUGCCAAAAACUUGGGAAUGAGUAAUGAUAGAGUCACAUAUCUGCUUAAAUAGCCGGAUGACUAGGGCUUCCCUAACUGUGCAGCGGAAAACAAGUUUCUGUUUGGUUCAAGGUAAUGGGAAACAAACGCUGUCUGCAAUUUCCCCCUUCUGUAUUAUUCUUUUCUUUUCUUUUCUUUUUUGUCAUUCAAAUGGCAUCAAAAUAAAAUCGGGUACUCUUAAUAUAAGCUUAUA